AUGAAAUACACGUCUUUUCUUGAAUGUCUUAUUGAACACAUACCUGCUCUUAAACAGCUGUCAGUAGAAUUUAAUAAAACAUUAAAUAUUUAUCCGCGAUCUGAAUCAUUAAUUAAAAAUUUGUGUCAAUCAAAUGGAAAUUGGCAUAAUAAACUACCAAAUCUGCGACAUUUUACCUUAAAAACUCUCAUUUUAAAUGGUGUGCAAUUGGUUUAUCUGAAAUGGCUUCUUAAUAAUUUAAAUCAUGUUCAAAAAUUGAAACUUCGUCUGGGAAGUGAAAACCUAUGUCGAAAAGAUCAAAUAACAUGGAAAUCUUAUAUUGAUGCAAAUUUUGUUCAACAAUAUUGUUUACCUGAUAUUAUAAAUAAUAUAAUUGAUUUUGAUUUUUAUAUAUGUUUUUAUUGUAAAUUAUUAUCAAUUGAUGUUGAAAAAGUAAUUAAUUCAUUUGGAUAUCAUCCUCUUUUUAUUAAUCGUCAAUGGACAAAUAUAAAAUGUUUUUAUGAUCCAAUAGUUUCAUAUCAACACUUGUUUUCUACAAAUAUCAAUAUGACACUUCAAAGCUUUAAUGGUUUAGUUAAUGAGCCGUAUGUUUUUCAAUGGCCAAAUAUUCACCAUAUUUCGAUUUAUUUUCAUCCAUCACUGUAUAUAUUUCUUCAGCAACUUGAUGAAAAAUUUCCGAAUGUCUCUUCGAUUACUGUUGAUAUGGGUAAAUAUUAA